CUCUUUUUUCUCUCAUAUACAUAAAAAUGGCUGAUCUUGAUAGACAACUAGAACAACUUCGAAGAGGUGAGAUCAUAACAGAGCAAGAAGUGAAAGAGCUAUGCACAAAGGCCAGGGAAAUUCUUAUUGAAGAAAGCAACGUUCAACGAGUAGACGCACCUGUCACUAUUUGUGGUGAUAUUCAUGGUCAAUUUCAUGACUUGAAAGAACUAUUCCGAGUAGGUGGCGAAUGUCCAGAGACGAACUAUUUAUUUAUGGGCGAUUUCGUUGACCGCGGCUAUUAUUCAGUGGAAACAUUCCUUUUAUUACUAGCACUUAAAGUAAGAUACCCUGACAGAAUCACACUUAUACGAGGCAAUCACGAAAGCAGACAAAUCACCCAAGUAUAUGGUUUUUAUGAUGAAUGUACGCGUAAAUUUGGAUCAGCCAAUGUGUGGCGAUACUGCUGCGAAAUUUUUGAUUACUUGAGUCUAAGUGCAAUUAUUGAUGACAAGGUCUUUUGUGUUCAUGGCGGUCUUUCACCAAGUAUAAAUACCUUGGAUCAGAUUCGAACUAUUGAUAGAAAACAAGAAGUACCUCAUGAUGGUGCUAUGUGUGACCUUCUUUGGUCUGAUCCAGAAGAAAUUGAUGGUUGGGGCUAUAGCCCUAGAGGUGCAGGAUAUUUAUUCGGUGCAGAUGUAGUGCGAGGAUUUUUACAUGCAAAUGGACUUGACUUAAUUGCGCGUGCACAUCAACUGGUUAUGGAGGGAUAUAAACCAAUGUUUGACGAUACAAUUGUGACAGUAUGGUCUGCACCCAACUACUGCUAUAGAUGUGGAAAUAUUGCUGCGAUAUUGGAAUUAGACGAUUAUCUGACUAAGAAGUAUAAGUUAUUUGAAGCAGCGCCUCAGCAGGACUUCCGAGGCGUGGCACAGAAGAAAUCAUUACCCGAUUAUUUCCUUUAAUAAUGAAAAAAAAAAAGCAUCUUUUAAUGACUACAUGAUUCUAAUAAUAAUUGACAUUUGAUUUGCAUGCGUGUUUCCCAUUCAAUAUCUUGAG